AUGAAGUCACAGGCACGUCGAUUGGAUGAAAGCUAUGAGCUAAAACGCGACACGGUCGAGUGGCCAAGGCAUCUUCCAUCUCGGACACGACUUCGUAUCUUCGCUCUUGUUUCGGCGCUUCCUCCCCGGCCAUAUCUCGGGGCCACCCGCCGGGUCAUCGGCGAACCUCCGGAUGUCUUGCCGGUCGGAUAUCACCCUGAGACUUGCGAAGUAUGGAGUGAUGCGGAACAACAGCUGGCUGUACCACUACUACACUGUGCAGUCGAAGCUGCAGUACGGGCUGGGCUACGAGGGGGGCGGAGGGGGGCGGCUGGGGAACAGCGGCGGCUACUUCCACCAGCCGCUCUACCAGGAGCCGCCCCCGCCCCUCCCCCCCUACCACCACCACCAGGUCCAGUCCCCCCACCACCACCACUCCCCCCACCAGCCGCUGGCGGCCCACGAGCACUUCAGUUUGAUGGUAAAAUCUGGUAUGGCAGAAGGAGCGAGGUACCGGAACCGGUAGACUACAGCGUGCACCACGAGCAGGCGGAACCAUCUCCGCGCAGCUCCCCUGCUUCUAUCGUCGACUUGGACAGCGGAGGUGGCACUGUCCUCUUGUCUUCGACGCAGAGCCUGGGCAGAUCGAGACUUCUGGUGACGAAGGCAGCGACGACCCUGGAUCCUGCGGAGAUGAUGGAGCAGUGGAACCCCAGCCCUCCUUGGUCGGACACGACCGUCCAGAAGGUGCCGGAUAUCCUUCACCAAGACCUCAGUCCUUACGUGACGACUACCCCGCCCACCCCUGGCUCCGGAGUGUCCUUCCAACAGCCGACGACCUUCACCUUCGACUGGACCCCUGAACAGUACGUGCCGCCUCCUCCUCUUCUGGACCCAGAGGAGCACACGCUCCUAGGUUGUUUCUCUUGGACCACCGGACCCUCGGAUCACAGGUUGUUCCCACUCCAGCCACCACCACCGCCUAGGCCUAGCCUCAUAGUGAGGGUCGACCAGGAAAGCGAACACCUCCUUCUUCAUACGAUAAAAGGACACUUCCUCAUUAAUAUGGAAUAUUUCUUAAACGACCCGCAUCGCCGGGUUGCAUUAUCCCUAAGGAGGAGUUUAGCCGUGUCCUUUCUUCGGCCGAGUCCUUUGACGGCUUCCUAA